AAGGUGUCGGACGAGGAGCUGCUCCAGUGGAGCAAGGAGGAGCUGAUCCGCAGCCUCCGCCGCGCCGAGGCCGAGAAGAUGAGCGCGAUGCUGGACCACAGCAACCUCAUCCGCGAGGUGAACCGCCGCCUCCAGCUCCACCUCGGCGAGAUCCGCGGCUUGAAGGAUAUCAACCAGAAGCUGCAAGAAGAUAACCAAGAGCUGCGAGACCUCUGCUGCUUUUUGGAUGAUGACAGACAGAAGGGCAAGAAGGUGUCCCGUGAGUGGCAGAGGCUGGGCAGAUACAGCGCUAGUGUUAUGCACAAAGAGGUUGCCUUGUAUUUACAGAAGCUGAAAGAACUGGAAGUGAGGCAGGAAGAAGUGGUUAAGGAAAACCUGGAGCUGAAAGAAUUGUGCGUGUUGCUGGAUGAGGAGAAAAGUGGUGGAGCAGGCAGCCGGAGCUCUAUCGACAGCCAAAUCAGCCUGUGCCAGUUAACUGCGACGAGCACUUACAUCAGAGAUGUCGGGGAUGGGAGUAGUACUUCUAGCACGGGAAGUACAGACAGUCCAGACCAUCACAAACAUCAUCCAAGUACCAGUCCAGAACAUCUUCAUAAAACUCGGGGCGAAGGAAGCCCUGAGCAUCAGAAACACAGAAGCAUCAGCCCAGAGCACCUCCAGAAGCCUCGGAGUUCUGGCAGUCCUGAUCAUCACCUGAAAGGACCAAGUCCAGAACAUCACAAAACCAUUGUCAAAGCACCCGAACAACAAAAGCACAGCAGCGGCAGCCCAGAAACUCUUCCAAAGCACGUUUUGAGUAGUAGCCCUGAACACUUUCAAAAGCAGAGGCCUGGUAGUAGCCCUGAGCAUCAAAAGCACAGCAGUGGCAGCCCAGAUCAUCUUCAAAAGCACACGUUGAGUGGAAGUACAGAACAUCUCCACAAAGUGAGGGGUACGAGCCCUGAGCAUCUCAAACAGCACUAUGGAGGGAGCCCAGAGCAUCUCAAACACCUCAGCGGAGGCAGCAGAGAAGGUACCCUCAGGAGACAAGUAACAGAUGACCUGUCACCUCACCACAGAAGUAUAUACAAUGGAAUGAAUGGUGGGUCCAUACAUUUACUGAAAUCUGUCACUUUGAAAAUUAAAAGUUGUAUGGGUGCUCCAGCACUCUGGUCACCGACAAGUUCCGUGGAUGAGGUGUCAAACAGGCUGGUGCUAACAAGUUCCGUGGAUGAUGAGGUGUCAAACAGGCUGGUGCUGCCUGCAGAGGUGUGCUUCUCUCCCUCUCUGACGCUAGACAGGCGGUGGCACUGCACGUCACAGUGGCGAGUUCACUGUGUAACCAUCAGUGUUGGUGUCCGUCUGAAGAUAGACGUGGCCUUAGUGAAGCAAAAGGGAUGGAGCACCGUGCUAUGGGAUUUGGAGAAGUAUUUUAAUGAGAUGCUCGGUUGUAACUAA